AGUAAUAAUAGUCUUGUACUAUUAAACUUGAGCAACAGAAAAAACAGGAACUAAAGAUGAAACCAGAUGCAGAGUGGAUUGUUAUUACAGUCCUCUACGCCAUCACGAUGCUCGUAGCGUUUACAGGGAAUAUUUUCCUCAUCUACAUCGUGUGGAAGAAACCUGAAGUCAGAUCACUGACAAGCUUCAUAUUCGUUAACAUGGCCAUCGCUGAUUUGCUGGUAACCCUGGUUGUGAUGCCUUGGUCGAUUUCCGCAAUAUAUACAGACGGUUUGUGGAUGAUCCCGGGAUUAUUUGGAAAAGUCAUGUGCAAAGGUGUUGUAUACAUUGCCUACGUCACUAUAAUAGCAUCCGUCCUCUGCCUGAUGUUCAUGGCGAUCGACAGGUACUAUGCCAUCGUUCAUCCCCUCCGCCGCCAUCUUUGGUUUCGAAAGCCUAAACUAACCGUUCCAUUUAUUUGGAUCGGGUCACUGGUCUCCAUGUCCAUUUUCCUUGUUAUUCAAACUGUGGAGGACUACAAUAAUUCUUCCUAUUGCAUGCUAUCUGUUUACAUCUUGGGUGAUCCAGAUAGGGCUCUUCAAGGAAUAUACCUCCUCCUUUUCGUCGUCAACUAUCUCAUCCCCUUGGUCGUUAUUUCUUUCCUGUAUACCAUCACUGCAUGGAAUUUAUGGUUCCAUGUUGCACCUGGAGUGAAUGCUCUGAGAGGAAAUCGAGCACAACUAGAAACCUCCAAGAGAAGAGUGGUUCGGAUGCUCAUUAUUGUUACCUGUGCCUUUGCCCUUUGUUGGCUCCCACCACAAGUGGUCCACAUCAUGUACGUCAUUCACGCAUCUAAGGCUUACCUACAUAUACAGCCGAUUGUCAGCUUUGUGUGUUUUUGGUUUGGACACGCUAACAGUGCCGUUAACCCAUGGCUGUACAUUUUUCUGAGUACCAAGAUAAAUACGGCAUUUACUAGGAUCGUCAGUAGAAAAAGCAACUGGUUGCCUUCAAGUCUCGCCAUCAAAACAUCAGAUGCCGUCUUACCACCUGAAGAUGAAGCAAUCCAGAAAGAAUCAAGAAUAUAAUCCCUCUCACAACAUGAAACUUUUAUCACCAAUUUGGUAACUGUAAAAUAGAAACUCGCUUAAAACGGAUUUGCGUAUUACAAAUUAUAUGAUAUAAUACAAACACCUAUAUACGGUUUCAUAAAAGUUACUGUAGUAAUCCGA